AACUCUAAUUUUAUACCACUCCCACCAUAUAUUUUUAUCAAAACCCUAGUUACCUCGCUGACUCCAUUGGCCAUCGCCAAGUCGAAGAGGAGCAAAAUCCUAUUCCCUUUCGCCCGCAGCAAAAAUGAAGUACAACCCACGUGUCUCCUCCUCUCGCCGCAAGAGCCGUAAAGCCCAUUUCACGGCGCCGUCGUCGGUCCGCCGCGUUUUGAUGAGCGCACCACUUUCAUCCUUCCUCAGGUCCAAGUACAACGUCCGGUCCAUGCCCGUCCGCAAGGACGACGAGGUCCAAGUCGUUCGUGGAACCUACAAGGGCCGGGAAGGGAAAGUGGUUCAAGUUUACCGCCGCAAAUGGGUGAUCCACAUCGAGCGCAUCACUCGCGAGAAAGUGAACGGGUCGACCGUGAACGUCGGAAUCAACCCGUCGAAGGUUGUCAUUACCAAGCUGAGGCUCGACAAGGAUCGUAAGUCCUUGCUGGAUCGCAAGGCCAAGGGACGUGCCGCUGCUGAUAAGGACAAAGGCACCAAGUUUUCUGCUGAGGACAUUAUGCAGAGUGUCGAUUAAGGUUGUCUCUUGUUUUCUUUAUCUGUCUGAUGUUGCAACUGUUAGACUUGAUUGUUGUUCUUUUCUUAUGUUAUCAAUUAGUCAUACGAUGAAGAAUGUGGGAUUUUGUAGACUUGAUAAUGCUAUAUGUUGCAAUUUUUCUCA